AUGGAUGCACUGCAACAGUCUCCGGACCACGAUAAGCACUGCAACUGUCUCCCGGACCACUGUAAGCACUGCAACAGUCUCCUGGACCACCGUAAGCACUGCAACAGUCUCCUGGACCACUGUAAGCCCUGGAACAGUCUGCUGGACCACCGUAAGCACUGGAACAGUCUGCUGGACCACCGUAAGCCCUGGAACAGUCUGCUGGACCACCGUAAGCACUGGAACAGUCUGCUGGACCACCGUAAGCACUGGAACAGUCACGGACCACCUCUCCUGGACCACCGUAAGCACUGCAACAGUCUCCCGGACCACCGUAAGCACUGCAACAGUCUCCUGGACCACCGUAAGCACUGCAACAGUCUCCCGGACCACCGUAAGCACUGCAACAGUCUCCUGGACCACCGUAAGCUCUGCAACAGUCUCCUGGACCACUGUAAGCACUGCAACAGUCUCCUGGACCACCGUAAGCACUGCAACAGUCUCCCGGACCACCGUAAGCACUGCAACAGUCUCCUGGACCACCGUAAGCACUGCAACAGUCUCCUGGACCACCGUAAGCACUGCAACAGUCUCCUGGACCACUGUAAGCACUGCAACAGUCUCCUGGACUACCGUAAGCACUGCAACAGUCUCCUGGACCACUGUAAGCACUGCAACAGUCUCCUGGACCACCGUAAGCACUGCAACAGUCUCUUGGACCACGGUAAGCACUGGAACAGUCUCCUGGACCACCGUAAGCACUGCAACAGUCUCCCGGACCACGGUAAGCACUGGAACAGUCUCCCGGACCACCGUAAGCACUGCAACAGUCUCCAGGACCACCGUAAGCACUGCAACAGUCUCCUGGACCACCGUAAGCACUGCAACAGUCUCCCGGACCACUGUAAGCACUGCAACAGUCUCCUGGACCACCGUAAGCACUGCAACAGUCUCCUGGACCACUGUAAGCACUGCAACAGGCUCCCGGACCACUGUAAGCACUGCAACAGUCUCCUGGACCACCGUAAGCACUGCAACAGUCUCCCGGACCACCGUAAGCACUGCAACAGUCUCCUGGACCACCGUAAGCACUGCAACAGUCUCCUGGACCACCGUAAGCACUGCAACAGUCUCCCGGACCACCGUAAGCACUGCAACAGUCUCCUGGACCACCGUAAGCACUGCAACAGUCUCCUGGACCACCGUAAGCACUGCAACAGUCUCCUGGACCACUGUAAGCACUGCAACAGUCUCCUGGACUACCGUAAGCACUGCAACAGUCUCCUGGACCACUGUAAGCACUGCAACAGUCUCCUGGACCACCGUAAGCACUGCAACAGUCUCUUGGACCACGGUAAGCACUGGAACAGUCUCCUGGACCACCGUAAGCACUGCAACAGUCUCCCGGACCACGGUAAGCACUGGAACAGUCUCCCGGACCACCGUAAGCACUGCAACAGUCUCCAGGACCACCGUAAGCACUGCAACAGUCUCCUGGACCACCGUAAGCACUGCAACAGUCUCCCGGACCACUGUAAGCACUGCAACAGUCUCCUGGACCACCGUAAGCACUGCAACAGUCUCCCGGACCACUGUAAGCACUGCAACAGGCUCCUGGACCACCGUAAGCACUGCAACAGUCUCCCGGACCACUGUAAGCACUGCAACAGUCUCCUGGACCACCAUAAGCACUGCAACAGUCUCCUGGACCACUGUAAGCACUGCAACAGUCUCCUGGACCACUCCACUCAUUGA